CGUAAUGUUAUGCGAUCUGAAGACAACAUUUUUAUUUUUGCAGGCAUUCGUGGCUUUCAAAUUUAGGUAUGCUUAUUUAUAUUAUUUAUAUUAUUAUGUAAAUUCAGCUUCUUUUAUAAAUAUUCUUACUUUUAGAAAAGUCAGUAUAAUCUAAAUAAAUUAGUACCAAAAAAUUGUCGGUUCUUUAAAUAAUUUAUUUUCAAAUUUCUAGGCAUAUACCCCAAUAAAUCUAUUUCAAAAACUCUUAGUAAUAGUGCGUUAAACUUACAAUAAAGUUAAAGAAACUUACUUAUUAUAAUCAAUUUAUUUAAAAAAUCUAGUAAUAAUUACUUAUAACGAAUGACGAAAUGAAGAUUAUUGUAUGCAGCAUAUUAUUAUAAAUUUACUUGUGACUUGAACGUACAAUCGAAUUAUUUACUCAAUUCAUACAAUUUGUUAUUGGUUAUAACUUACAUGAUGACAAUCCGCGUGCCAUUUUUUCUGCAUAUUUCUCGUAAAUGAUAUAAUUUUUAAGCUUAAUAAAAUAUAAAAUCAGAGGUCAGGCUAAUUUACAAUUUCAAAGUUCCCCGCACUUAUUUUGCACGUCAUUACUGUCGAGAAACUGGCGCGAAAACAUGCAACAGCUGCCGCGGACGCCUAAAGUUACUGGACCCGACUCGGCAUAAUUCAGAGUUCAAACGUUAAAACGUCAGUUACACUAGAGUCCGUUUGUGUACAUUGAUGUAUACAAAAUAAACAACUGCAUAAGAAGUAAAAAACAAAGUGUUUGUAAAUAAAUUUUUGUCUUUAAUCAUGACUAUGACAGAGCAUGAUGAACUGUUGUCAGUGGAUCUUGAAAGUAUACUUCUCAAUUCAGACCAAAUGAAUGCUUACAUAAAAAAAUUGAAAGAUAAUUGUGCUGAAUUCCAAAAAAAAUUAGAGCAAGGAGUUCUUGAUACCAUAUCUAAGAGUUCAGAACAUGCCAAACAAUAUGAACACAGCUCUAAUGCUUUAUCACGUUUAACACAUCAAAUGGAUGAAUUAAAAACUCAGUAUGAACGAAUAAAAACAGAACAAAAAAUAAAUGAAAAGAAAACAUCCAACAUUAUCAAAGAAGUUGAAAAAGCAAAAGCGAGUAUUGAAAGCCUGAAUGAAAAACACACAAAUGUGAUUUCUAGAAUAGUUGAUUUAGAAGAAGAAGAUCAAAAGUCAAAAGAUAAAUUAAAAAAACAAUGGGGUGCAUUGAAGAAAUCAUACAAGUGGUACAAAGAUAUUUUGGAUGUACAUAUUGAUUCAAAAAUGAUUGACAGUGUAGAGCAUGUUACCGUAACAUUUUUUUGGUCUGAGAAUCCAACAAAUCAUAAUUACUUUGUUGAAUUGAUUAAUCGAGAUAACUGUUGGAAAGUAAAUAAAAUACAGCCAGAAUUGACAGUUGAACAAAAGCACCAAUUGGAACAUGUUAUAAAAUUUUCAAAGCAGUCCGAAGUAUGUAAUGUAACUUUGUUACUUUAUGAAUUGAGAAAAUUCUUUAUUAAAAUUUAUUUAGACAGUAAUGUUAGUUGAUAACAAUAUCUUUAUUGAUAAAUUUCAUCAUUUUUUUUAAUAACUCACUACAUUAAAUCGUAACGUAUUUUAUGUGUAUUAUUUCUAGAAUGUAAACAUUUUAAUAAAAUAUUAUUUGUGCAUCAAAAA